AUGAAAGGGCUAAGGGUUUGGUGGUGUGGCUCACUGGAAAUAAUAUUUGACCUCCUAGAAGGGGUGUGUGCUAGUGCUAGUUCUAGUGGUGGUGCUGGUGAGGAAGAAACAUCAAUUACACCAUUAGACUUUUUGGAAUUGAAGUAUUUUCCCAAGUUGAUGCAUAUAUGGAAGAAUGUUUCCCAAGAAAUUCAUUGUUUUGAAAGUCUAACAUCUCUAAUAGUGGAGUGGUGUGACUACUUGAGAUAUAUAUUCACAAUUUCCAUGGCGAAUGUCCUUGUGAAUCUAGAAGAUCUAUAUAUUAGACAUUGCGAGAAGGUAGAAACGAUUGUCACCAGGGAAAAUGAAGAAGAAAUCCUUUUUCGACAAUUUCCCCAUGUUGAACUUACCAAUCUUCCCAGUCUCGUGUGUUUUGGCCCGGACAUAAAUGAUAUUGAAAUUCUAUGCAUAGCCAAUGACAGUGAGGAUCACUAUUAUGAUUACAAUAAAGAUGACUUUGAUGAUGAAGAUUAUGAAGAAGACUUUGGCCCUAGUGAUACCGAUUUCCCUUUUGAUUACUAUUGCAAUGAUGGUGGUGGUGAUGACGACGACGACGGCGAUGAUGGAGAUGACUUUGGCAAUGAUGAUGAUGGCAACGACAACGACAAUGAUUAA